UGAAAAUUGGCGAAUUCUUAACAAAACUUUACACCAAAACGCAGCUGUACACAUGCACGAUAUUUGCACAUGCUUUUCAGCAAUUUGAUGCAUGAUAUGGUGCGAUUCAUCUGCAUAAAUUGUGCAGUUGUUUCCCCAAGUUAGUGGAGAAAUUCAUCUUCGAUGUAACCAUAUAUAUAUUGAUAACAUAUAUAGUGAGUGGUUUUAAGUAGUAUAUGUUGUAAUAUGUUGCUUUCAUCUGAUAAAACCGGAGGGCAAACAUGAGUCGGAUAGACAUAUUUCCAUACAGAGUUGUUGGUCAGUAAGCAGUCGAGCGCCAAACGUUGACAUGCUCCUAACUUGACACGUCAUAGUGACGUCAUAGCUGGCAGCUUUGCGGUCGUGGUAUCGCCAGUCAAGGCAUUUCAUAACUAGCAGUGAGAUGUGUCGCUCGUUUUAGGACGUGAUUGGUGGCCUCGACUGACCCGAGCAGCACGGUUCCACCAGUGCCAAUGGCGACACCAGACUCUGAUCUACCGGCCUCGACUGAUCCGAGCCAGAGGAAGACGGUUCCACCAGCACCAGUGACGACACAAGAUUCUGAUCUACAUGCGACUCCAUCACCAGUAGACCGCCGCCUCUACUCCGCCAGCAGGGACGGUGACCUGGAGAGAGUGAAGCGGAUCCUGUCAGCGGGUCACGUGGACAUCAACACUAGAGGAGACUACAGCAAGACACCGGUGAUGAUGGCAGCAUAUAGAGGACACAGAGAUGUGGUGGAGUUCCUGGUGGGUAGAGGGGCUGAUGUGUCACUGGUGGACCGUGUCGGUAACAACGUCAUUCACUGGGCCUGUAUUGGUGGAGACCUGGAGAUCGUGAAGCUGAUCCUGUCCCUGAACGUGGUGGACAUCAACGCCAGGAACAACGGCGGGCGGACAGCGGCCGACAGGGCGAGAAACUUUGGACGUCAGCGAGUGGUGGAUCUCCUGGUGUCACGUGGUGGACACUGAAGUCAGUGUUGGUGUGGACAGAGACCAUCGCACAUGACAUUAUUGAUACUGAC